CACCCUCAAUUAGGUAACGUCAAAUUUAUUUUUGUGUCAUGCUUAUGUCGCUUUAAUUUCAGUGCAACAUAAUGAAACCACUUUGCAUGUCAUAAUAUAUAAUAAUCAUAUCAUGUGAUGUUUUUGGGAAAGCUACAAAUUUUUGUGGAUACUUGAACAAUUCGCCCGAAAAAUUAUGCAACGUAGUAGCACCAAUGAAGAAAUUGCAAUACCAACCUUGAAUGAAGCUAAUUUUCUCGAUUUUUUAAAAAAGAAAACUCAUGUUAUCGUCAUGUUCAUGUCGCCUUUUUGCCCUCAUUGCAAAAAAACGAAACCAGAGUAUACAAAGGCUGCUGUAAUGCUUAAAGAAGACAAAUCUAUUUCUUUUGUCUUGAUCGAUUGUACUGUAAGCGUCGACCUCUGCAGAGAAAAUGAAGUAGAAGUUUAUCCCAUAAUCAAAUACUUCAACUACAGUACUAGAAAAGAAGAAACCUUCGCAGGCAAGAGAACGGCUGAAAAUCUCAUAGCAUUUGUGCAACAAUGUAUUAAUCAGGAGUGACUUUAUUGGGUAUUGAAAAAGAAUCAUUAUCACAUCUUUUGUACAAUAAUCAAAAUAAAUAUAUCAUUUAUU